GAUCCUGCGUGUGGAUGCACUAAUAUAUUCUCCAUCCACCACCAAUCCGCGACUUUCCUGCAACCAACAUCGACGCUACAACAACCACCACAGCUCGACCCCUCCACACCCUCCACACAUACCUCGAGUCGCCAUAGUCCAACACUCCUUGAUACUGACCACAGAAUGAAAUACUCGCUGGGUCUAGCGGGUCUAGCUGCCCUGGCGGCGGCCUCAUCGGAUGUUCACGACCUCACCAAGGAUACCUUCAAGACAUUCGUCACCGAAAAUGAACUCGUCCUGGCAGAAUUCUUUGCACCGUGGUGCGGACACUGCAAGGCCCUGGCACCAGAAUACGAAGAAGCUGCCACUGCGCUCAAAGAGAAGGGCAUCGUGCUCGCGAAGGUCGACUGCACGGAACAGCAGGAUCUCUGCCAGGAAUACGGUGUCGAAGGAUACCCAACUCUCAAGGUCUUCCGUGGACCAGAGAACCCACAUCCAUACUCUGGCGCCCGCAAGGCUGAUGCCAUCACCUCAUUCAUGACCAAGCAGUCUCUUCCUGCUGUGUCGCUUCUGCAAACCGCGGAGGCUCUCGAGGAGUUCAAGACCGCCGACAAGGUCGUCCUCGUGGCCUACCACGCCGCCGACGACAAGUCAUCCAACGCCACAUUCACAGAAGUCGCGGAGUCUCUUCGCGAUACCUAUCUCUUCGGCGCUACAUCAGAUGCCGCUCUUGCGGAGGCUGAGGGCGUCAAGCAACCCGCAAUUGUUCUCUACAAGACAUACGACGAGGGCAAGGUUGUCUUCCAGGAUAGUCGCGCUAAGGAGAAGAUUUCGGAAUGGAUCAAGACCGCUGCUACUCCUUUGAUCGGCGAGGUCGGCCCAGACACAUACGCUGAUUACAUGGCUGCCGGAAUCCCACUCGCAUACAUCUUCGCUGAGACCGCUGAGGAGCGCGAAGGGCUCUCCAAGACUCUCAAGCCAAUCGCCGAGAAGUUCAAGGGCAAGGUUAACCUCGCUGUCAUCGACGCCUCCCAAUUCGGCCAGCACGCUGGCAACCUCAACCUCGAAGUUGGCAAGUGGCCAGCUUUCGCCAUCCAGGACACCACCAAGAACCUCAAGUUCCCGUUCUCUGAGGCCGGUGACAUCAAGGACAUUAGUGAGAAGAAGAUCGGCAAGUUCAUCGCAGACUUUGUCGCUGGCAAGCUUGAGCCAAGCAUCAAGAGCGAGCCGAUUCCAGAGAAGCAGGACGGACCAGUCACAAUCGUCGUCGCCAAGAACUACCAGGAGGUUGUCAUUGAUAACGACAAGGACGUUCUCCUCGAAUUCUACGCACCAUGGUGUGGUCACUGCAAGGCUCUUGCUCCCAAGUACGACGAGCUUGCCGGUCUCUACAAGGAUUACGCCGACAAGGUCAUUAUCGCGAAGGUUGACGCUACCGCCAACGAUGUUCCAGACGAGGUCCAAGGCUUUCCAACCAUCAAGCUCUUCAAGGCCGGUGCCAAGGAUGCGCCAAUCGACUACGACGGCGCCCGCACUAUUGAGGACCUUGCUAACUUCAUCCGCGACAAUGGAGCUCACAAGAUUGAUGCCUACGUCGAGCCAGAGCCAGUCGCUGAGACCGAGACUGCCGAGACCGAGGGCAUGCCAGAGCAGGCUCCUGCCGCCACUGAGAAGGCCAAGGAAGACACCAAGGAGAAGGCCAAGGAAGACACCAAGGAGAAGGCCAAGGAAGGCGUCAAGGAGAAGGUCAAGCAGGCUGCAGAGGCAGUCAAGCAGGCCGUCAUCGAGGAUGAUGAGGUCGCUGAUCACGACGAGUUGUAAUAAUCUUUUUGGCUAUGAUGGUGGGAGGACCUCGUCAUCUAGGGGUGAUCUAGACCAGUAGGACCUGUAUGAGUUACGUGUGUUUCCUCUAUUCAGCCCUUGUUGAGCG